AAAUAUCUCAACUAUUAAAAUUAUUAAUGUACUUAAAUCUCUAGAUUUUAGAAUACAAUCUUUAGAGCAGUACAUAAUAAAUUGUUGAAAAAUUAUAUUAUUUUGUUUGGCGAUAAGCUUUUUUUCGGAACAGUUAUCUGCACUGAGUGCUGUGGAUUGUGCAAACAUGGCGAUUUUCUCCUUCAUAGUUUCGUAGUAAUUAGAUGACAUACAUACAUCGAUUGGAUUUUAUAAAGCCCUAUUUAAGGAUUUAAAUGCAUAAUUGUAUAGUGUGUAAGAAAUAGAACAUAUAAUUUAAGUGAUAAUUCAAAUAGUGUAUACGUCAAUAAUAUUUAAACACAGUGAAAAUCUGGCUCCACGUAAUUUAUCAAAUUAAGUGGAAAAAAUACCAAUUACUUUCAUAUCUUGUGAAAAAAUAAUUUUAUAAUACAAAGUAUGUACCUAUACUAAAUUUUCGAAUAUGGAAGUUCAAGAAAACAGCGAGCUAGAUAAAGAAUCGAAUUCUAAAACUUCCGAAGAAAAAAUGGAUUCGAAAAGUGAAGAAGAAAUUAUGGUACCUAAAAUAGAAAUAAAAACAGAACCUCCUGACUACGAUCUAAUAGCUGAUGCCUUGGUCAAACAAAUCAAGUCUUCAACCUCGAAGGCAAAGAGCAAAAAAGACAGAAAUCCAAUCAUUGAGCGGAGGAAAAAGAUUAUCAUUUCGGAUGACGAAUGGGAACCAGAGAAGAAAGAGACUAAGCCCACACAGGGCUCAUCUAAAUCAACCGAAGAAUACUACUCCUACGACAUCCUCAACCAGAUAGAGAUAGUCACAAUAACAGAAGAGGAGCGUGCUGUAGAAUUUACCGAGACAUAUGAGUCACGGAAACACAUGAACUAUGUGUGCGAUAAGUGUGCGGUCGGGUUCGUUGUCAAGGAGGCGUAUGAUGUUCACAUGAAGUUGCAUACACCAGAAUCCGGAUCUUUUGUGUGUGAGGUGUGUGAGACAUACCUCAAGAGUGAAGAUACACUUCAUCGUCAUAAACUCAGACAUUACCGGCGAUACAGGUGCAUGGUGUGCAGCGUGCGCUUCAAGGACAAGGACGCAGCAGCAGGCCACGUGUCGUACUCGCAUAGUGGCUUCACGUUCAACUGCGAGCAGUGCGGCUCCAUGUUCAAACGGCCGCAAUACCUCAGACGGCACAUAGAGCAAAUGCACACGAAGGCUACCCCCAUGGAGUGUCCCGUCUGCCACCAGGUGUUCUACGAGAGUGGAUGGUAUCGGAACCAUGUGAGGAAACACAACAAAGAAGUGCAAGACUCGAAAAUAGUCCGUUGCAGGCAAUGCGAGAAAACGUUCAAAGAUAAAACCUACCUCAAACAGCACAUGUUAAUGCAUGAGUCGAGAAUGGACGUCGUCUGUAUCGAAUGUUCUACGAGCUUCCAGAAUAUACAUUUACUUGAUGCGCACUAUAAGGAGGCGCACCCGGAUAACUUUGUUGUGCGUCCAGACGAAGAAAAUAGGUGCACGUCAUGCAAUCGUGCGUUCGAAACGCGCGCCAAACUGCACAGCCAUAUUAUACGGAUGCACGUAGACGGUGGUAAGAAGUACCAGUGCGACUAUUGCAAGCGGCUGUACUUCUCGAAGGGCGAGGUGCGGUCGCACAUCACGUGGUCGCACCUGCACGCCGGCGGGCACGCGUGCACGUGCGGCCGCGUGUUCCGCACGCCCGUGCGCCUGCGCGACCACGUGGCCACGCGCCACCUCGGCGCCGUGCCGCCGCGCGACAAGGCGUGCCCGGUGUGCGGCAAGGCGUUCGCGAACCAGCAGGUGCUGACGCGGCACAUAAAGGGGCACGCGGGCGAGACGUUCCCGUGCGGCUCGUGCGGGCGCCGCUUCAAGACGCAGUCGUACGUGAAGGUGCACUACCAGCUGGCGCACCUGCACAUGUCGCGCGCGGAGAUCCGCAGACGGACCCGCCGCCAGCUCAUCAUGGUCAACGACACGUCUGAGCAAGCUCAACAGCAAAACGACAACGAAACGUUUGCGUGCGAGGAGUGCGGCAAACAAUUCAAAACGCAGUCCUACGUGCGUAUACAUUACUACAUUAAACAUUUAAACAUGACUCGAGAGGAGGCAAAGAGGAAAUCAAAGGAAGUUAGAGAAGCCACAGCAUCCAUGGUAUACAAGAAUCCGCUCCAAAUUGAAGAGGUUUUUGUGAAAACUGAAGCCGAGGAUGGGGAAAAACCCAUGGAAAUACCCAUGUUCGAAACAUUCAUAGAUAUACAGAGGGAGGGAGACUGCGAGACAGAGAAGGAAGAUUGAGUUUAGGGUAGGAGGGAGAUGGCAGGAUUGGGAUUUGUACAUUUUGUUGGGUAACAGCUACGUACGAGACAGAGAGGGAAGAUUGAAUUUAGGGUAGGAGGAAAGAGAUGGCAGGAUUGGGAUUGGUACAUUUUGUAAGUAGCUGUCAAGCUACAUGCAAGAAAGAGAUGGAAGAUUGAAUUCAGGUUAGGAAGAAAGAGAUGGCAGGAUUGGUAGCUUUUUUAGGUUACUAAUAAUUUUGUUCUGUAUGAAAAUACUGGAUUCGUUUAUCUGACUGUUUUAGAGGGUAAAAGUUAUAAAGCAAUAUUUGUAUAUUCUUGUUUAAAAACUGAUAAAUGUAAGGAUUAAUUUUAAUAACAAAUGUUAUUGGUUUUUGUUAAUGUUAUGGUUGAAUAGUUUUUGGUCCUUCGAGACCUAGUAAGCUAAAAUGUAGGUGUCUCUUAGGUUCUGUUUCGCAAUGACUGAAUAAGAUUAUUGUAACGUUAAUAAAAUAGUAUUCCUGAUUAUUUCAAUUUUAUUAUUUUACGGCGAGUUGUUAAAUGUAUCGUCAAAUUAGAAUUUUUGAAUAAAAAAUAUUUGGUCUUACCACAAAACAAUUUAAACACAGUCUAAAGUUAAACCAGGGAUCUGUCACUUUAAUGUGCAAUACGACAAAACCAGAUUAAAGAGAACCCGCGCUUAAAGUUUUUGUGGUUAUGAAAAGAAAACACGAAAAUAAUCUAUAAUUAUUCACUUUCUAAUCUGUUUCAUUAUCUCUGUGUUUUAUUAUUAAAACAGUAAUCUUAUUUGGACAUUGUGAAACAGAUUAUUAUUAAUUUAUUAUUAUUAGUGUAGAACUAUCACUAUUAGAUAACGUAUAAUGCGUAUGUUGAGCUAAUAAAUAUUAUGAAAUAUGCUAACAGUUCAUGAAAAGACGUUUUUAUGAUGACUUUGCGUUGCUUGUCCGUCUAAAUUUUUUUGAAAUACUGUGUCGCUAGAAGACCAUUGUAGUGUUAUCGUUAAAAUUCUUAUAAAUAUAUUUCAUUCUUUAAAGUAAAAUGAAAAAAUAUUAUUUAGGUACCUACUUAAAUUAAUUUUACUAGAAUUACUUAUUCAGUUUGAUUUAAAUAAUAAAUAUCUUAAAUGAUAUGAUUCAUCAACUAGCUUCGAAAAAAGGAGAAAGUUCUCAAUCUCAAUGCAAUUUUUUUUUGGUUUUGUUAAUGGCGAAAUUUUGACCGGUGAACGAUUUUUGAAAUCUUAUGCCUCACAUGUGGUCUCAUUUAAAUUAGGUCACUGAUAAUUCGAAGGCGGUUUAUUUUUUGUAAAAAUAAUAUUUUUUAUUUGUUUUAUUUAACGCCUGUUAAAACUUUUCAAUGGUACAUCAUAAUAAGAAGUAUCUAGAUUAAAAUUUAAAGCAUAAUAAUAAUAUAGUGUAAAAUACGCGCUUCUAUCAUAUGUUGCAAUUUAAUUGAAGUGUAUUUAUUUAUUUUCAAAUUGUUUAUUUUUAUUACAAUCGAUAUUAUUUAUGAAAACUUAUUACAUAAUGAUGAAGAAGUUUCAAUGCAUUGAAUAUAGCAAAAAAUAUUGUGUUAUUCUUGUCAUAAUUACUUACUCCAAUAAAAUAACUUUUACUAAACUAUAACUACUUUUGACUAGUUCUGGAUAGAACAAUAUGCAUAAAUAUAAAUAAGCGGGGAAGCUUUCCCAAUUUACAACUUAGAUAAAAGGUUCUAAUCCCCCACAGAACCGAAUUAUCUGAAUAGGAUAUAUUUAUGAUAUGGUAUUUGAUUAUUGCUCAACUAUUGUUCUUUUUUGAGGGACUUGGACAUUCAAAAAUGUAUUAGAUGAAUUAAAUGGGUAAAAACUUAUGUAUGUAUAUUGUAUUUUUUUAAACCUUGUUAUACAGUUUACGUUAAAUAAUACCUAUACGUUCUAUCUUCUAUUCUCUUUAUAGAAAGUAAAAGGUAUUAUUAAAAAACUAAAUAAUACCUAUUUGGUUAAGACCUUUGAUAUGGGUUUACCAAACAAGGUUAUUUCAAUACAAUUGUGUUUUUAUAUUUUAACAGUCGAAAAUUACCCAGGUAAUAUAUAAUUAAUUAAAAAAAGAUCGGAAAAAAUACAUGUACUUGCAUUUGUACUUGUUAUCUUUUAUCUUAGCAAUUUUCUGUUACUGUACCUACGUCAUAAAUAAUAUUAUAAAAUCUUGCAAAUGUUAAAGCAGGAUUUCACAUUUUGUUAAUACUUAUAGCUGUUUAAUUAAAAUAAUUAAUUGUUA